AUGGAAGACCCAGUCCGCGAUAUCCCCACGGUCAUCAAGCUCCUCACCCAAUCCCCGCCAACCAUCCAGGCAUACACAAUCGAAAAAUUCUUCACUCCGAAUGCCUCCUUCUCACAUCCGUUCUGCCGUACAUGGUCGUUCAAUGGGUCGCGAUGGCUGGUCCAGAUGAUCUAUCGAUUCUACAAGAUCAUGUCGCCUCGGAUCGAGCUUGAUGUCAAAUCCAUAGCUUUUGAUGAAGAACAUCUAAAACUCUACGUCACCAUCUCGCAGAUAUUCUCGGUCUUUCUCGUUCCAUUCUACUCCGCCCCAGUCACUCUAACCACCGUAUUAACUCUGACAACCGACCCCAAUGAAUACCGCGGCCAUUACGACUUUUCGGACCCAUCAAAAGGCAAAGACUCUACUACUGCAGACAAAAACACAAACACAAAAUACUGGAUAUCUGCACAGGAAGAUCUCUACCAAACGACAGAAUUCGUCAAGUUCUUUUUGCCCUUUGGAAUCGGUGCACUCCUUGUAUUUUUCUGGCAUUUGUUUGCCACGGUUGGCUGCGUGCUUGGUGCUCUGUUCUUGUGGCCUAUUUCAUGGGCAGAGCAGAAGCUGGCAGCGGAAAGGACCAAGCCACAGAUUGAUGAGGGAAACAUCGUGGAUGCGUCUGAAGCGGCGGCGAGGUAUGUGCUUGGCGAGGUAACGGGGCUCGUCAAUGGGGUAAAGGAUACGGUCCGAGAGAGAACCAAGGAUAUCUAG